AUGGAAGUGUUACAGUCGAUACUUCAGAUUUUAAUACUAUCGGGUUGCUGGCGACCACCUUCCUGGACUUCGCCUUUCAAAAAAUUCCUGUACGCUAUUUAUACCAUGUUUUUGUUUCUACUUCUGUACUCUGCGACUUUCCUCGAAUUUCUGGACUUGGUAUUAAACGUGGAAAACCAGGACGAAUUGAGUGAUAAUAUCCAUGUACUGUUGACGAUGUUCGCCGCGUGUUAUAAGAUGUACAGUAUGCUAACGCACCAUAAGAAUAUCGCUGUUUUGACUAAUAUCCUAAAGAAGAAGCCUUUUCAGCCAGAAAACGAAGAAGAGAUUCAGAUUCGAAAGGCAUGCGAUAAGACAGCUCAACAACAAGCAAUCCUUUACAUAAUUAUGGUCGAAUUGACAGUGAUAUUCAAUUCGGGCGGUGGGCUUUUAAAAGAUGGUGAAAAGUUGCCCUAUAGAAUGUGGUUACCUUACAAUUAUCUUCCUCCGGCUCUGCACAUCUUCAUUUUCCUGCAACAAGUUGCAUCUUUCGUCGCCGCAUCGAUAAUGCACAUCAGCUGUGAUUGUUUGAUCUGGGGCCUAUUGAUUCACUCCUGCGGUCAGCUCGAAAUACUUGGUUCUCGUCUGAAAGCAAUCAAGCAAGACGACAAUCUGUCUGCGAAAAAGUCUGCUCGUUAUCAUAAUCAGGUGUAUGAAUUCACCAAAAUGAUAAAUGAAGAAUUCAAAAUGGUUAUUUUCGUUCAAUUCGGUGUAAGUACACUGGCGGUAUGCUUCGAUCUUUACGUGCUGAUAACACUGAAAAAUACGAACCUGAAAAUAGUGAUGGAUGUAAUAUAUAUGGUUGCUCUACUGGUGCAGAUAUUCUUUUAUUGCUGGCAUGGAAACGAGUUGAAAUUGAAGAGUGUCGAAGUUUCUGAGAUGAUAUUCGGAAGUGACUGGACGGAAUUGAAUAAAGAUACUAAAAGAAUACUAUCGCUGAUUAUGAGACGUGCCACGAGGUGCAUUGAAUUCACUAGUGGUCAUAUUGUGACUAUGAAUUUGGAAUCAUUCAUAAACCUGAUAAAAACCUCUUACUCAGCGUACAACGUGCUUCACAGAGGAAAAGGAUAACAGAAUCCCUAUAAAUCACUUUAUCGUAGAAGGAAGAAUAUUUUUCCGACCCUGAAGAAACGUACUUCCGUAGAGGCUCGGAGGUUUCUGUGAAUA